AUAACUUUGCUUGUUGUGACUGUGUGCGCGCGUGUGUGUGUGUGUGUGUGCGCGUCGCCCUGGUGGUGGCUAACAACCCCCAGCAAGCACGGAGCACAACUACAAAGCUCGAGUGGCAAGGGCAGAUCCAGCAAAGUUUUCGGGGUUGCAGACAGUUGGCAAACAAGCUGCGAAUAUACGUUUAAAUACCCAUAAAUAUAAAACGAAAAUAAAAUAGAAACAAUAUUCAAAUAUUGCGACGCCAAAAUGAGCGAUACAGGCGCACCCAAUGGCUAUCAGAAGCUGCCGCCCGGCUGGGACUGCAAAUACGAUCAGACGACGGGCAACUGCUAUUACAUAAACUAUCUGACCAAGGCCAUGCAGCUGGAGGAUCCGCGCGCCGGGCGCAACAGCUACAAGCAGCUGCAAAACGAGCGCUGCUCCACGGAGUCCAUUCCGCUGCAGCACAUGGCACAGAGCUCACAUCACAGUUCACCCUAUCACGUUGUCCAUCCCAGCAAUAAUCUGACCGCUGUGCGUGCCUUCCAGGAGCGCGAACGCGGCCAGCAGCCCGCACUGCACAAUCUGUCGACGAGUCCGCUGCUCUCCGCAUCCUCGCGCGCCCAACUGGAAAUGUCCUCGCCACUGCCCCUGCAGCGCGCCCGCCUGGCCUCGAACAUGUCGCGUCGCUCCACAAUCCAGGAGACAUCGUUCAGCCAUCAGAGCGAGAGCCAAGCGGUGGUCACCAAAAUACAGAACAUGUUUCCCACCGCCGACGAGAAUCACAUACGCUUGCUAUUGAAACGCUACUAUAAUCGCGAGGCCGUCGUCAUCAGCGCCUUGCAGGUGGAGAAGCAUCCGGUUACGAUGCCCGGUCCGUUUGUGACUCCGCCCGCCCAGCGGCAUUUGUUCCACAGCAAUUCCGCUUUCUAUAUGACACCACCGGCGCGUCGCCCGGACAUGGGCGCUAGCCGGAUAACCGUUACGUCACGCACGGCCAGUCCCCUGCCCGGCGGCCGCUUCGGUAGUCUCAUGAGCAUGCAAAGUGGCCCCGGACAGCACAUAGCCGCAGCAGCAGCAGCAGCGGGCAUCAUGCCGCCGCCCGCCCUGCACGGCUCGCCGCAGUGGCGCAGCUCGCCCAAGCCGCACUCGUCGCCCAAAAUGAAAUUGAGAUACAUGAAGAACAUAUUCCCCAAGGCAGAUGAAAUGCUGCUGCUCGACAUUCUGGCCAAUGCGGACAACAAUGUGCAGUUCGCCUCGGAGAAGCUGAUCUCGCUGGGCUAUGCCAAACGCGACAUGCAACAGCCGCACAGGCCCAACAAUCGGCCGCCGCACCUGGACGCGGACCAGAAGUCGGGCAACGAGCAGGGCGUGCAGCACAUACCGCUGCGACCCAAGGAGUACACCGCCGAGCAGAAGACAGACAUGGAGGCGCUGUUCAAGGAGCGAUAUCCUCAGAUAGCUGAGCGCAUCAUCUUGAUGGCCCUGGAGUCGGUCAACUAUGCAGAGGAUCGUGCCAUGCAAAUACUGCAAAUUGUGCAGGACGAGGACGAGCAGCGCAGCCAAAAGCACGCGCUGCCCAAGUCCAGUGCCACGGACAGCGCCCUGACGCUGCCAGUGGACCAGGUGGACGCGGCUGCCGCACACAGCCGCUGCAGCAGCAGCAGCAGCAAGCCACAUAAGCUACAUCGCCAUUUGCCAUCCAUCAAUGUCAUCACACCCACCGCGGCCACCACACAGAUCAUCCUCAGCCAUUCGGCCACGCCCACGCCGGAGUCGGAGCCGAAGGCCGCAAACAUUUCCGGGGCAUCUACGCACUCAUAUGCCUCACCUGCACAGACACCCUAUGAGCGCCUGACCACCAAAAAUAUGCUCGCGCGUUCUAGUUGCUGCAACAACAACAACAACGACAACAACAGCAGCAGCAGCAGCAACAACAACAAUAACAGCAAUGCCAGCAGCUAUUCCUCGUACACCACAUCCAUGGGCUCCUCAACCGCUUCGGCCGGCUCCAUAGCGAAGGCAUUUGAAAGUCGCGCGCGCACCAAAACCGAUUCACUGAAACAGCGACAGCACUCGGCGCACCUGGACAAUGGGCACAAUUUAGAUGCCGGCGAGUUCCAAUCACUCAUCGCACGGAUGGCCACGCUUGGACCCAAUGCGCAGCUGGCCAAAGGCGCCGACGAGAAGCUAUUGCUCGCUGAUUAUGUCACCUGGAACGGCCCGAACACAACGCUCAGCCCAAAGCAGGCGGCACAAGGCGCCGAUCCGGGCCUGCUGGCCGGCGAGCGUAGCUAUAAGCCGGCCGGCAGGAAUCCGGAGCUGUGCAAGGGCGCCAAAAAGGAGCUGGCCAAGGGCAGCAUCUAUGCGCAGGGCAAGGGCGCCAACAUCAAAUGCAACUAGGAGAAAGGCAGCCGGA